AUGAAUGGAAAUAGUUCGGAUGAGGUGAUAUCGAAUGAUAACACUAUUGUUAUCAAUGGUGAUGACACCACAACAUUGUUACCACCAAGAGAUGAAAUGAUUAUUGAUAUUCAUCAUCAGGAUUUAAAGGAUCCUUCCGUGCUAGGAAAAGGGUUAUUUGGAUUGUAUGAUUUUGUUCAAACAGAGGAUGGUGCUGAUAAUCCUGAUUCAUCAUUACCACCAAUCGGAAGGUCUAAAGUAUUAUAUAGUAAAUUUUCUAGAAAGCCUAAGAGACCUAUCAUCACACCAAAAGUGGUGAUUAGCACUGCAACACAAAAUUCAACAACAGAUGAUUCGUCGCCAUCACCAUCAUCACCAUCAAAUACAAGAGAAUCAACAAAAUCCAUUGUUGAACCAACAUCCACAGAAAUUGAACCAGAAUUAUUAAUAACAGAACCAAUACCUUCACUAACUGGCUCACCAAUCUUGAGCAGGGAAACAGCCAUCGAUUCCCUUAUGGAAUACUAUUCAAAGUUCUAUAGUAUUGUUCCGAAUUAUGGUGUGGGUCAGCUUGAAAAGCAGUUCUUACAACUUUUCUUUGAGUACAUGUUGGAUAAGAAUACUGAAGAUUUUCCAAGUCCAGUUCCAAUGUUGAGGAGUGUUCCUUUGGAUAUUUUUCACUUAUAUGGCAGAGUAUUGGAGAAAGGAGGAUUUCUAUACAUGGAUUCAGGUGAUUGGGAGCUUGUUUUCAAAAAAAUUAGGAAUUAUGAUGAGUUAAUGAAAAAACCUGAAGAAAUGCUCAAAUCUAUGUACGAACAAUAUUUAAAGAAUUUUGAGGGUUUCGUUACAAGACAAGCAAAUUCGGCUGAGUUUACCAAUAUCAUUUUAGAAUAUAUUCAGAAACAAAAUUUGGAAGAAUUUCACAGUAAGACUGCUGAGUUACGUAAAAGAAUUUUGGCUAAAGUGAGAAGUAAUUGUGAGCAAGAGGCCGCACGAUCUAGUGGUAGUGCUGUGAAUAAUGAGAAAAAGGGUCAUGUAAUAGCUGAUUAUAGUGAUGAAGACCAACGCUUACCAAUGCCAGAAUUACCUAAAAAAUUAACAAAAAAUAUUCUCUUAGAAAUGCAAAAAUCUACAAAGAGAGCCUAUCUCAGUUUUAUUUCCAAGAAAGGGAGAUCAAUUAACUUGAAAAUUGAUGUCUACAAAACACCGUUGGGUUUAGAAUUACUGAGAAGGGAACCUAUUAUUGGAGAUUCUGAAAAUUAUGGUCAAUUAAUUUAUUAUCAAUUUGAUGCUGCUCAAAUUUCUAGGGAUGACACAAUAAGGAAGGAGUACAAGAUGAUGGGUAUGGACGUAAUUGAGCCAGGAUCUCUUUGCUAUUGGAUGGGUGGAAGUUCAAUUAUCUUUGGUUAUGGGCGAACACCAAAGUCAAAGAAGCAAGAAUGUAGAUUGACUGAGAAAUGUCUUGUAUUUGGAAAGUUAAACGAUCCAAACUAUACGUUUGAGGUGAGUGAUACAAACUCUUCACUGUACCUUCCUUCAGUGCUACACGAUAUUGAAAAGGACGGAGCUGGGGUAUGGACCGUAAAGCUCUCCUCUCAUCCACCAAUCUCUGAAGAACCAGUACCACUUAAAAAGAGAGCUCGAGCUUUUGUAACAGAAAGUCCAAGAAAAAAAGUAGAUCCUACACCAUCAGCAUCUUCACCAAAUGUUCAAAAAGAAACACCUGUACAAGCAACAACACCAACUAAAGAACCAUCAGAACCAUCGACACCAGUUGUAAUAAUUUCGCCAACAACACCAACUAAGGAAUCAACUAAGGAAAUACCUAAAGAAUCACCAAAAGAUGUGGACGAUUCAUUUGAAAGAAAGAUUUUAACUCUAAGAUAUAGAUAUCAAAGCGAGGACGAAAAUAGUUGCAAAAUAGCCACAGCUUCUUUUGUAGCUAGAGAAUAUAUUGACUAUUCUACGAUACUUUCUCUCCUACGAAGAGAUAAUGUCAAAACCGAAAGCUUGGCAGAAAUUCGAUACAAUGCGGAUUCCAUUUGGCAAAUCCUCCACGAGAAUUUCAAACUCAAACUUGUUUCUAAUCAAACUAUUAUACAAAUUUUACUUUUCAGAAAAAAAUACUAA